AUGCCAACUGUAGUACAAGAACAAAGUGCUAGCAACAGCAGCAACAACCAACAACCAGAACCACUCGUUGUAUCUCGACAAGAUAUAGAAAACUGCUCAUUCCCAGCAUGGUAUAGCCAAUUCCGAUCAGUUACUUUUGAAUCGAGGAUCUUGCCACUGCCGAGUGAGUUCGUUGACUAUUUGAAUGCAGAUGGGAUCUAUCUUCCAGACGAUGGUCAACCACGUCCAGCUACCAUAGAAGAAAUCUCGGAUGAUGAUGAGGAAGCAUUUUCAGAUGAUGAACAAGAACACAAUAUACCCAAGUUUCCCGAGAUUGAGCAAUUCGUCCGUGAUUCUGUUAGGCAAUUGGGUGGGGAUGUAUUUCCAAAGUUGAAUUGGAGUUCACCAAGGGAUGCUGCAUGGAUCACAGCGACUCAAUCAUUGAAAUGCAAUUCUCCUUUUGAUGUCUUUUUGCUUCUCAAAUCAUCCGACUUUAUCAACCAUGAUCUCAACCACGCCUUUGAUGAAUGUGCGGAUCCUUCAACAUCACCACAACAACAACAUCUUGUCCUUCGUGAAUGGCAUACCUUACAACCAUCCAUGGAAUUCCGUGUCUUUGUAAAGGAUAAGGAGAUUGCAGGCAUCUCACAACGUGACAUGACCUUUUACGAUUAUAUGGCUGGCAUCAAGGAUGACAUUGAAGAAAUGAUUUACGCGUUUUUCCAAGAUCAUAUCCAAUCCAAAUUCCCCAGUACAUCAUACGCAAUGGAUGUCUAUGUGGAUCGACCUCGUCACAAGGUGUGGUUGAUUGAUUUCAAUCCAUUUUCUCCCACAACAGAUAGCCUCUUGUAUGAUUGGACCGAAUUGAUGGAAUUCAACCCACUGAAUCCUGAGUUUGAGCCUGAAUUCCGCAUCAUUGAAUCGGUGGUGGAUUCGCGUGUAUGCAACGCACCACGAUUUGCUACCAACAUGGUACCCAAAGAUGUCAUUGACUUGUCGGAUGGUCGUACAGUCGCUGAAUUUGCUGAAGAAUUCGAACGUGUCAUGAAAUUGGCUGGACAACAAGAAGACAGUAGUAGCAGUGAAGAUGAUGAUGAUGAUGAAAAACAACGAUAA